GAUAAUAAGAGAGUCGUACAACCUUAUACAUACUUCUUAAAAAAGAAUAAUCUAGCUAAGUAUAAUUACAAGAUCUAUAAUAAGGAAAUAUUAGCGAUUAUCUAUUGUCUUAAAGACGUUAAGAGUUUUAAGAUUUGUACAGACUAUAAGAACUUAGAGUACUUUAUAACUAUCUAG